AUGUCUGCUCCGCGACCAUUGAGUCGUGUUCCCUCCCAAAUGGCCCUGCUAUUCCUCGCAGGCACGCUGUUACCAAUGGGAUCAACAGCGGGAAGAACCAGCGCCACUGGCGGGGAGGGAUAUAGACUGGGCGAGGAGAUUCCAGUAUCAUGUCUGAAUCGGACGAUGGAAGGAGAACAUAUAACAGAUGACCUGGGCAAACUUCAAUGGAUUCCCUUCGUAACCUGCAACGAGACCUCACGCCCACUAUCCCUCCACUACGGGACCUCCGAAACAAUAACAUGCACAAUCCCCUCCCUCUCCGACUCGCUCUACCACCUCCUCGAAUUCUACGUGCACUCCGACGCCCCCAUGACCUGUCGCGUACCAACAGCACCCCUAACGUCCAGUAACACCGCGCCGAAGGACCGUACCGAUCCCGACCCCGCGUCCGGCGAGGUCGACUCGCUUGCGGUGUUGAGCGAGAAUGGCCCGCCCUUCACCCCGAUCACUAUCGCGCUGCAGGGUACCUUGCAGCUCAGCCACCUGCAUAUCUGGACGGAUAUGAACAUGCUUAUGCACAAUAUUGCUUCUGAUGCGGCGGCGCAGCCGGCCAAGGCUAGGAAACAUGGCCAGUCUGGGCAGCCUGGAUACGCGGUGGCUGGGACAGCGUACUCGACGCCGGAGUUUGAGGCUGCGGCGAAGAAGGUCUCGCUCGACGAGGACGAGGAGGCUGUGACUGUUGCCCAGGCUGCGCGGGAACCGUGGACAGCGGGUCAUGGGACGAAGGUUGUGCGCGGCGAGCCAUUGACUUUCUCGUUCCACGUUGCCUGGAUUGAAGGCGGCGCGGGCAUUGGAUGGCCGGAGCGUCCUGCUUCGGAGUCGUUCCUGGAGAUGAGCGGGGCGAGGGCGGCGCAGGGUUCUGGAGCUGGCUCGUUCUUCUCGCGGUUGUUCUUGUUCUUCCUGGCUGCUUCGGUUGGUGCUUUGGUGGCGCUGUACUGGGAGCGUAAUGGGCGUGGUCGUUCGGGCUGGCGGGGGGAUGGGAUUUUGGGAGCUCCGCCUGCGAAGGGAAAGGGUCCUGGUGUGACUUUUGGUAAUGGUGGACGUAUCAAUGGGUAUGGAGGAUACUCUGCUGCUACUACCAAUGGCGUGGGAACUGGUGGUGGUGGAGGUACUGGGUAUGGAGGCUUUACCACUGGGAAGAGGGAUUGA